AUGAGCGACACAAGUCUAUCAUCAGCUGAAGAGAAACAAGGUUCUUUGAGUGCUAUUAAGUUGCAGCUGGAAGCUCAACUGCAUGCUCAACUGCAAGCUCAACUGCAAGCUCAACUGCAAGAAUGGCUGGGUCCUAAAGGUGUCACUUUCUCUGGCGAGACUUUUAUAGUGCCAGAGACUCACGAUAUGGUAAAGACGCUUUUCGACCCCACAUUACACAAAUCCAAUUUCGAAUUGAUCAUUUUGGCCUGUCUCUUUGCCAACUUGGUUGUAUUUGCCAUCCCUCUGAACCAAGUAAGAACAUUGGUGUUUAUCGGACUCUAUGUGUUUUGGAGGUUGUCCUACAAUUUUGGUAUUGGAUACUUGUUGCAACAACAAUCUCUCCAUAACAGAUUGGUCGAUUGGGCUAAAGAAGGAAAAUUAUUUGAUGAGAAAAAUAAACUGUUUUGGGCCCAAUUCGUCCAGCACGAAGUCAAAUCGCAAAGAGGUAAAGAUUAUGCUAUUAACUCAUUGCCAAUUGAGUUCAACACGUGGCUUGUGUUUAGAAAAUUUGUUGAUUUGAUUUUGAUGUCUGAUUUCAUAACUUUUUGUUGCGUGGUUUACACUUGCGCUGUGGAAAAUGCCAGUGACUUUACAAACCAUUGGUUGGUUUGGUCAAGAGUGCUUACUGGUAUAGGCUUAAUCUUAUUCAAUUUGUGGGUCAAGGUUAACGCACACAAUACAAUAAAGGAUUACGCUUGGUACUGGGGUGAUUUCUUCUUUAGACAAAUCAACAAUGAAGAAUUGAUCUUUGACGGGGUGUUUGAAAUGGUGCCACAUCCAAUGUACUCUGUAGGGUAUGUGGGCUACUAUGGAUUCGCAUUAAUAGCCAAAUCGUACACUGUGUUGGCCAUUGCAAUUUUUGGACAUUUCUUGCAAAUGAUCUUUUUGCAUUACAUUGAAAACCCACACAUUGACAAAAUUUAUGGUCCCUCUAAAAAUGAAAUUAACUUGAUUAAAAUUUUAAAGUUGAAGGACCUUAAAAGCUUUGACAAUAUGCCACCUUUGGUGGGAUUGUACAACUUCAACUGGAUGAGAUCUAGUGAUCUUUUGAAUUUGCUCUUGGUUGCCACGUAUGCUGUUAUUCUUCCGCUUUUUUCACAAAGCACAACACAGUAUUUUGCAUUAACUGUAACUACCAAAUUGAUUGAAAGUUUUGGAAUAAGUACUUUGCUCGUGUUGCAAAGUUAUUCAAAGUAUUUUACGAAAUGGUGUCUUUCAAACGAUAUCCCAGUAGAAAAAUCCUUGAACAACUGGGCAGUGAUGUACAAUACUUUGAUCAACUUGACUUACUCGUCCUUGUUUGGAUUAAACUUGAUGUAUUUUUUGAGAGGUUCUGCUGAUUUACUUUACCAUGACUUGCUAUACUUGAGGAUCUUUAUAGGUACCUUGCUUAUUUUCACACAAACUUGGAUUAAUGCAUCUAUAAUUGACCUGAUUGGAUACUUUGGCUGGUUUUAUGGUGAUUUCUUUAUCCCCAAAUCUCAGAGCUUUGCUAACCACUUGACCAAAGCUGGUGUUUACAGGUAUUUAAACAACCCGGAACAAAUAUUUGGAGUAUGUGGUGUUAUGGGAGUGUUUAUUAUUUGGCCAACAUUUGAAAACUUAACCUGUUGUGUAUUGUGGGUGCUUAGCAACUUCAUUCGUAUCAACUUUAUUGAAAAAUGGCACAUGAUUAGACUCUAUGGUGAACAAGAAGUGAACCAAGACUCUGGUGUUACAAAGACUUUUAAAAAGCAUUUGAUCCCUGAGGUGAUCCAGAGAAAAAUUAGUGGAGAUGAGCCACUGAGAAGAAGACCUAGUAGUCCUUCCCUUGCUGACUCAUUGGACACAUUUAUCAAGGAGUUGACUAAUUCUAAAACCAAAUUAUCCCAACAAAAAUUAGUAGAAUUAUCUCAAAACUUGUCCUUUGCCAAUUCCAAUUACAAAUUGACCAUUGAAGGGUUGAAAUAUAACGAUUUAAAAACAGCAAAGUUUGCAACUUUGGGUUCACCAUUAAAAGUCAUUUGGCAAUCCCCACUGGCUACCCACUCUUCAAAAGACUGGAUUGGAUUAUACAGAAUAAUCAAUACCACUUAUUCAAGAAAUAGAACCAUACUUUCUUCUGCUGGAAGAUGGACAUAUUGCCCAGACGCAAAUGGAUCGUACGUCUUUGCCAGGAACAAGUUGUUCUGGGAAGAAGGGGUUUACGAAUUUAGAUACCAUUUGGAUGGAAAACACGAUGUUGCAUACAUUUCGGAGCCAUUCGAACUCAAGCAUGAGUCUGUAAGUGUACCUUUGCAUGAUGAUGAGGUUGAAGUUUUUGCUCUUGCUUUAAAAGAAAAAAUUUUCGAUAGAUUGCUUGACAUUGAGUCCACCACUGUACCUAUUGCUCAAGUUGCCACAAGUCAAACAGAUAAUGUUUUAGCGACAUAUCAACUUCUCAGUUCUGUCAUUUCUACUUCUACAAAAGUCCAAAUCAGCUCAAAGAUAUUCUUAAAGUCCGACCAAAUCACGAUCCUUGACGUGGCAAGGAAAUUGUAUGACAUCAACAAGGUCCUUGAUGAGUUAUCGUACGACCUUAGUAUAAAGAAGGAUGAAUAG